AUGGAACCAAUAAACGCCAACUUUUACAUAGACCCACCGAGGGACGUUGAGGUCCCUCGAUUUCGAAACAUCUCCUCAAAUGCAGUCUCAGUUCAUGAGAUUUACAAGUUGCCUUCAGAUGGAACUUGCCGAGAGACACUCACGCAAAAGCUGUCCUCAGUCCAAGACAAUCUUCCAGAUUCGGCUGAUUUUGCACUGCUAGAACGAAGCCAGUAUCUUCUUGCAGGCUUUGGAAAAGAUCUCACGCUAUGGGCACUACCUUGUCCGGGUACCGGAGCAAAGAUUCAGUUUCAACUAAAGAAUCCUGUUUGGAACAUCUUUGCCUAUGAACAAGUUUUCCUCAUCGCUUCGGCACCUACACAGUCAAACAGAACUGAUUGUUUUGCUGUUCUCAGUGCCUGGUGCCCAGACACCAAAGCGUUCCUCUAUCAAACCGAUUUAUGCAUUCCUCGGGAUAGCCCUCUAAAGGAUCUAUCCAUGCUCAGUCUCCAUCAACGGAUCCCGAAACUUCCAGCUGUCUUAAUUAGCCCAGAAAAAUCCAUCCUCCUGUUCCGCUGGACAAACGUACCUACGAACUUCCGAUCGGGUUCGAAUACGCAGACAAGACCCAGUUUGAGAUCCAUCUAUGCUGCUGUUUGUCUCGAUAGCAUUCAGAAAGAACUGCAAUUUCAUACACGGCUGAUGCUCUAUUCUAUGACACAACCCACAAUUUUCAUGCACGAACAGCCCUUCGAUGUAUCAAUGACAAAGUUUUUGACAGAACAUCUAGUUCUAUCCGGUAGGUGA